AUGGGCAGGAAAUGCUCACAAUGUGGGAACAUGGGUCACAAUUCAAGGACUUGCGGUGUCAGGCAGCGGCGGCAGAGAGGUGGAGGUGGUGGUGGCCUUAGGCUCUUUGGGGUCCAAGUACUUGACCUAUCUUCUUCUUCUUCCUCAUCUAAUUCUCUAAUUUCCAGGAAGAAGAAGAAUAUAAUAAUUAAGAGAUGUCCUCCGAGCAUGGUCCACUGCUUGUCAUCUGUCGCAGCUUCUUCUCCAACAACACCCUCCUCUUCUACAUCUUCACGCCUUCAAAACAGCGCCUUGAUCGACGAAAAUUCUAAGAAAAUGUAUCCCUCUGAUGGCCUCACAGCAUUACCCCAAGAAAAUAAUAACAAGGGUAUGGCUUGGAGUGAGGAAGAGCACCGAGUGUUUGUGAUGGGGCUAGAAAAGCUCGGUAAGGGCGACCGGAAGGGCAUCUCUCGGCAUUUUGUCACCACAAGAACUCCAACCCAUGUCGCCAGUCAUGCUCAGAAGUAUUUUCUGAGAUUAAACACCCUCAACAAGAAACGACGCCGUCCCAACCUUUUUAUGUUGGCAAAGAUGAACUCUCAGUUCAACUGA